AUACAUUUGACCCGAAAUUUCAUUUUGUAUAGUAAUAUUUGGAUAUAUAAAACCGUAUAUAGAAAUAGAAUCACAAUAUUUAAUUAUGAAAUUAAUACUAAUGCUGAGCCAGAAUUGGACUAAUCUGAUCUUCCUGGAUAUCGAUUAUGAGGUCUGAUGCAACAGAAUAUUACUGGUAAUACCAACGGCAACUUGGACUACAAGCAGCAUUGCAGAAAUGCAACUUGAACUUUGAAAUUCGAUGGUUAUCAAUGCAAUUAGCGUAAAUUUAUUUCAGAAAUUUGGUCGCAAGAAAUCGCCUGUAGGCCUUUUGCGCCGCCACAUGCUACGGUGGUGUAGGGUUUCUACAUCCGGAUAUUCAACUUCCAACUGCUACUCGCUAUCGUUUUGCAGCGAUGGGUCAUCCGGAAACAGUCUCUGUACUUGUACAUGGUAAGGCUGCGUACAUCUGACCCCCUACCCCAUCGUAGGUGGAAAGACUUUGCGGUGCUGAGCUGAACAUUUCUGCUGCAUCUUAGCUAUGAAUGAGUCCAUGGAUAUCGACAAACCAGGUGCCAGUAACAGAAAUACACCUAUAAAUAAGGAAAAUGGACAUUAUCUGUAUCCUGUGUCUCCCAAUGAAUCAGGUGAAGGCUUUCCAUAUGCUCCUGAAAAUUGGCCUAAUCCUGGUGAUAUAUGGCGUUGGAAGGCGGGGAAAAGAAUAGCAUCUUCAGGAUACUUUGCGGACAGGUACCUGUAUCCACCAAGCAGUCUUGCACAUGUUGGGAAACCUGUACAGAGGAGGACCUUUGCUAGUAAACUGUCAGUUGAACAAUUUAUCCGGGCAAUGUUUCCUGGCACAGAUGUGAAUGCAUUCUUUGCCACAUUUUGCUGGAAGAUUCCCUCAAAGCAGCUUAUGUUAAAAGAAAGUGAAGGGCCUAUGUCUCAUUUAGAACGUGAUGGUUGCAAGGCCGGUAACACUAUGUGCAGCAGUUUAUUAGAAGGUGCUGAUCCUCUUCCGAUGGAAGGCAUGUUUUGUGACAUUUGCUGCAGUGAAUCCAGAUUUUGCCGAGAAUGUUGCUGUAUUCUUUGUUGCAAGACCAUCAACACUGGAGUUGGUGGUUAUAGUUACAUCAAGUGUAAAAAGAACGUCCAAGAUGGCUAUAUUUGUGGACACAUUGCCCACAUAGAAUGUGCUCUUAGAGCUUAUGUGGCUGGAACUGUAGGAGGAAGCAUAGGCCUGGAUGCAGAGUAUUUUUGUCGACGCUGUGAUUCAAAGACGGAUCUAGUUUUGCAUGUCAUGAAUCUUCUUCAUACUUGUGAAACCAUUGAAUCCAUUGAUUCACAGGAUGAGAUUGAUAAGAUGUUGAGCCUUGCCAUUUGUAUGCUGCGUGGCUCACAGAAAAUGACUGCAAAGCAAUUACUAAAACAUAUUGAAUCAGCAGCAGCAAAGCUUAAGAUCGGAUUUGACUUCAGAGAUGUGUGGAGUAAGGAAGCAUAUGAAGUGACUGUUUCCUUGUUGAUGCAAGAGAGUUUACCUCAUAACAAUAGAAACAGUUUACAUGAGUUAGCCAACUAUGAAGACAAAGAGCAAGAAAACAACAGAACUGCACCACCCGGAAUGGUGUCUUCAAAUUUUGAUCACCGAGUUGAAUCACUUAAACUUGAUAAUGAGAUUGAUCAAGCUCUACAGUCAUUGAGGAAGUCACAGGAGUUGGAGUACAACAUUGCUGAGGAAAGGCUCUUUGCACAAAGGAACUGCAUUAUAAAUCUAUAUGAACAAAUAGACAAGGAGAGGUCUCAACUCUUGCACCACUCAACAUUCACCGACUUGGAGCCGCUGCUCAAAGCACUUCAUGAGAGGAUAGAGUUGGUGAAACGGGAAGCUUUGAAACUCAGGGAUAUGAAACAAGUGGAAAUGGGAUUUGGAAGAACUUCAAAGCACAUACUUGAGGAACAUUUUGGUUUAAAAUGUGAUCAGUGACAAAUUCAUGCUAGUUGUGUUUGUACACUAGGUGAUCAUUCUCUAUUUCUCUUGCAGUGUGCACAAUUUUCAAGUCCACUGUUUGUCUAUUCGAAAACAUGUUCCCAGAUUCAUUCAUUCAUACACAUGAACAUGGUUUUGCCUUCUCAAAUUGGAGAGACGUAAUCACGUAAAUAUAAAGUUGGAGUCUAACUCAUCCAAUUACGAAUAGGAAAUUGG